UGAUCUCUACGUUACUCAACUACCAAUUAGAGCAAUACUAUUUCCAUGUUUGGUGAUCCGUGCAGAAACUCCAUAAAAUGAACAUUUGCAGGGUCAAGUUAAUCACACAAGUCUUCCAUCCUUGCCUUUCAACACUUCAUCGUUCUUCUUGUUAAUUUUUCUUUGGCGGGGAAGUUAUAUUGGGCAUGCAGAUGGCCCAGGGAAGAGGUAGUGCAAUUGUUGCCACAGUUGUGCUACUAGGUAUGCUCCUAAUUCACUGUGAGAACGCUUGGGCAGCUACCUUUACUGUUGGAGAUGCAGGCGGUUGGACCUUCGGUGUUGAUAAUUGGCCUAAUGCAAAGACCUUCAUGGCUGGUGAUAUUCUGGUGUUCAACUACAGCUCGGCAGUCCACAAUGUGGUGGUCGUAGACAAACAAGGUUAUGAAACAUGCAAGGCAGCUGAAGGUUCUCAAAAAUUUCAGAGUGGAAGCGAUCAGAUCACACUGGUGAAGGGACAAAAUUACUUCAUCUGCACUUUUCCUGGGCAUUGUGAAUCCAAAAUGAAAAUAGCUGUCAACGCAUCAUAACUGGAAAGAAAAAUUCGUCCAAUUCUCUUUGCUUGGCAUUGUUACCAAUAAGACAUGGUGGAAUCAAACUGAUUGAUACUUUGUUUGCA